CGAAUCUCCGACUUUCGCGAUCGGAUUCAUUUAACCGGGCCGAUACGGAAGGGAGACGCUUCUGGUUUCCAGUUGGGAUCGUUCUUCAGUCGGUACGCGUCCCGGCCGGUGACGAAGAAGUUCGACUGGACCUACCGGGGGGAAGCUGUCUACCCGUCGAUCACGGUGUGUCAAGAGAACGGCUUCAAACCGAAGGUGGCGAGAGAGUACUUGAAACCGGGAGUGACGAUGUCGUCGUAUCCGAUCAAGGACUGGGACUUCGGAAGAUUCGCGAACGAACGGGAAUUCCUGGACGCGAUCGACCGGAGUUUCUUCCACCUGGACGAGACGAUCCACAGAUGCUAUCUCUCCGGUCGUCCCUGCUCGAGCGUGGGUCGGUGGACGGAGAAGCGGACGGAGUCGCACGGUCUCUGCCACACGUUCCUGCCGGAUCCGGACAAGCCCAUGCCGACCGGAGGGGGAAGUCGCCAGGGAUACCUCCUUAAUUUCACGGUUGGGGAUCAUUGGUUCUGCGAUGCGAAGGAUCCUGUCUGU